GUGCCGUGCGGGUACAGUGCCUUGUUUAUUUACCGUACACGAUUUCCGAUCCGUUUAUGUGAUAAUUGUGAUUUUUUUUAACUGAUAAUCGAGAAUUUUUCUUCUUUCGUGCUGUUUGAAUAAAGGUCUCAAAAAUGUCGAAGAGUAAAGAAAUGAUGGAGAUAGACAAUUUUAAGUCCACAGCGGACCUGACAAGUAAUCCUGGCUUCCAAUCGUCGCUUAGCAUAGCAUCGAAGAACAUCGAUGAGAAACCUUACAACCCAUUCGAGCAUCGGACUGUGGAACAUCCUAAUUCUACAAUCGGAUCGAUAGUACAUUUAUUGAAAUGCUGCCUUGGAUCUGGCAUAUUGGCAAUGCCUGCAGCCUUCAAAAAUUCAGGACUAAUAGCUGGAACGAUUGGGACUUUGAUUGCUGGCUUCGUUUGUACACACACCGUUCAUAUUUUGGUAAGAACAUCGCAAGAAGUUUGUGUAGAUGCGAAGAAGCCAUCACUUAGUUUCGCCGAAACCUGUGGAGCGGCAUUUACUUAUGGACCGAAAAGAUUACAAACUUGGGGCAAUUUUAUAAAAGAACUGGUGGAUUACUCUAUGUGUAUCACAUACUUCAGCGUGUUAUGCGUCUACGUGGUGUUCAUUGGAUCUUCAAUGAAAGAAAUCCUAGACGUCUACAUGCCAGACAAUCCGCUCUCGAUACAAGCGGCCUGUGCACUUACUCUGGUGCCAUUAGUGUUAAUCUGCCAAAUACGAAACUUGAAGUACCUGGUGCCAUUUUCUGCCCUCGCCAACCUCCUGAUCUUGGUCGUGUUCGUGAUCACCAUUUACUACGUCUUCUUGGACCUUCCGUCACCCAAAGAGAGGGAGAUGGUCGCUAGUAUUACCCAGUGGCCUUUGUUUUUGAGCACAGUGAUAUUCGCAAUGGAAGGCAUUGGCGUGGUGAUGCCAGUUGAGAACGAGAUGGCGAAACCUCAACAAUUCCUCGGCUGUCCUGGAGUACUGAACGUGGCUAUGGUCAUCGUCAUCUCAUUGUAUGGCUUCGUCGGAUUCUUCGGUUACCUUCAGUACGGAGACAACGUCAAGGGUUCCAUAACCUUGAACCUUCCUGAAGAUGACAUCACCGCCCAAGUAGCAAAAGGACUGAUGGCGUUCGUGAUCUUCCUGUCCUUUGCCCUGCAGUUCUAUGUGCCCAUGGAAAUGAUUACCAGGAAGAGAAAAGGCAACGAGUCGAAGUAUGAGAACCUGGUCCAGGUCGUCAUCAGAACUGUGAUGGUUACUGUUGCAGUUGCCAUCGCCGCAGCAUUUCCCAACUUAGAACUGGUCAUCAGCUUCGUCGGAGCAGUUUUCUUCUCAACCCUCGGUCUUCUGAUCCCAGCAAUAGUGGACACGGUCUACCGAUGGGAGAAUCGUCUGGGUCGCUUUAAUUACAUUCUCUGGAAAAAUACACUCAUUGGAAUAGUUUCCAUUAUAGCCCUAUUCUCUGGAGCUUAUGUAUCUGUUCAAGGCAUGAUCGAAGAUUUUGGUGGACACAGUCAUGAGAACCAUGUAUUGUUUGAAAAUGCUACUUUGACGUGAUUCUGGAUUAGUUGGAAUGGAUGGUUGGUAUGUGGAAUGUAUGUCGUCAUACAUUUUUGCCUGAUUAUGUAUGGUAUGUAGAUGGAAGUACAAUAUAUGGUGGAUUCCAUACAUAUCUACAUAUGUAUUUCGUGUAGUGCCUUAGAUAAAUAAAAGUAGAUGGUUGUGAUUUUGUUAAAGUCAAGUUACCAUAUAUAUUUAAUUAGUAAAUAAAGUACUUAGUAAAUGAUUUUAAGUAAAAUACAAAUUAGACUAAUGUAUUGCUAUAAAAUUUCAAUUUCAAAGAGAUUGAAGAUCAUAAACUUAGCCUUUGGAACCUCAAAUUGGCUUGAGAUUAAAAUUAAUGUACAUUAGGUAUAUCUAGAUUCUGAAAUUCUAGCAAUGAAUUCAUUUUAAAUAGCUAAGGUGCCUAAUUGCUAGUCACCUAAUUACUUUUGAAGAUAAUCGUAACUAGGUUUAGUUUAUUAUGAGUUUUAUAGAGUGUAAGUAAAUAGGUAUAUAUUUUUGACAAUUCGGACUCGUACACAAAACUGCGAUGCGACGUCGCAUCGUAAAAAU